AUGGCUGCGGAAGGCACGACUCCGCCUGCCUUGGGUUCCCAAGCUCUUCACCGAUACGGACCGCGGAAUGACGCCCAUCUGCGAAUGCACAGCGCCGGCUCCAUAUUAGCGUUGAUUACUGCCCACGGCAUCUGA